UGGCGGAAGUGAGAUGGGACAUCGUGAGCAAGAUGGUGGCUACUAGAAGAGGUGGACGCGUGUGUUCCCCAAGUAAAACAAACUCCAAUGAAUCCGCCGAAGAUGUGGCUAUCCCAGCCUCCACUCGGCAAACACGGAGGACAGCAGCCCAGUCUGAGGAGACCAGUGACUCUCAACACGAAGUUCUCCCUGAGGCCACUGGGAGGAGAAAGUCAAGGAUGUCCAAACAAACUGGCUGUUUUAAUCAGGUAGAUUCCACCCAUGAAGCUGACGUGUCUGAGUCAGAUUCCUGCUGUUCUGCUUUAUCGGAUACAGAUGCAAUCCCCAACGCACAGUCAGCUCGCAGGGGCCGAAGAGCCGCAGGUAUGGAUCAGCCUAACUCGAAGGAAGAUGAGGUGCCAAAGGGUGACACAUGCUUCUCAUCUGUGUCAAGAGAACAGAAUGCUUACAGAGUCACCAGAAGUCUGAGGAAGCCCUGCAGCUCAGUGCUGCCUGCAUCCAAGGCGAUGGACUCCCUGACCAGAGUGACCAGGAGCACACAGAGGGCUGCCAUGUCUAGCAACCGGGGUUCUUCAAAGUCUCAGAGUGAAGAAGCAGAGCUCUCCGACUCUGAGUCAUGUGCCUCUGGACCUCAGACUUCCACAGUACGCAGAGCUACUCGAGCCCGGAAGGGUCGGCUUGUCGAGGCUAUCCCCAUGCAUUUAGAAGAAACCGGCUCCAACUCUCCGGUACAACACGGGGGAAACGAGUCACAGGGAAAUGCUUUAGACUCCCAGACCUAUGACUCUGAGGGCUUUGAGUCCGGGCCUUGCAUGACUCCCAGAAGGUCGACUCGCAGGAGGAAAGGGCCUAAACAGACAGGCGCCACCGUAACAGACUCUGAGUCGGACCUGACCGACGCGUAUACCCCUCUGGGGAGUCCUUUGUUGGCGUUGGGCAGGGGCACCCCCUGCAGUAGUCGCACCGGAUCCAGCAGCAGUUCCCGGGCAACACCAGCUACCCGGAUGACAGCCAAAGCCCUCGACAUACUAGUUGUGAAAGCUUUAACCCGUUCUUCUACGGUUACUGUAUCUAGAAUAGCUGAGGAGAGCGUAGUGUCGGAAGAUCAGAAUUUAGAGGACACGGUCAAUGCUGAUCCAGACAGCUCCGUGAUAGACAUGUGUGAAGAAGACAGGACUCUCACCCUGGGUGAUGAGGACGUAGUGAUCUUUGACCCUGAGACCUCCCAAGGAGCAGCACCGGAGGAAACGGAGAGUCCGACAGCCACUGAGGAUGCCGAGAUGCCAGAGGCCACUUGUGUACAACAGGGCUCCAAGAAAACCACCGGAGAAGAGGUUGAGAUGCAUACCUCUGUCCCUACUCUGGAAAACAUUCCACAGGGUGAUGUGAAGGCAGAUGUGAAAGUUAACCUGACUGUCUGUGAGAGUGCUGAUGCAGAAAUUGCUGAAGCCACCUGUGUGCCUGCAGUGGAAACGGAGGACCAGCAGAGGGAGCCGUCCACCAAGGACGGAGCAGAUGUGGACGCCCCAGCGACAUUAGAAAAGGAGACGAUUAUGCCGGCUGAUUCACGCGUCCUCCCUCAUCAACCUGUGACCGUAACAACAUGCGAACAUGAAAUGGCCCCUGUCAUUAUGGUGUCUGAUGAGGAAAAGGAGGAAGCGCCCAUAGAUGUAGACGUGAACUCUCACCCAAAUCCUCCAUCGGAGGCGGGGAGCCAAAAAUGUAUGGCAGGGCCAAUCAAGGAGGCUAUUGAUGUGAGCGGUUCACUGGUAACUGCGGUUCAAAAGGCUGACCAAAAGGCUGACCAAGACCGUGCCCCUCACACCACCGAAGCCAUUGUGGUGACCUCCAGCCAGAACCUGAAUGUCUGUCUAUCUGCAGCUGUGAAGCCCAGGGACUCUAUUCUUGUACAGAAAACUGGCUUCAUCAGUUUGCUGGAGAGCAGUGAGGAUGAAAGUAUGGAGCAUUCAGAGGAGGAAGGUGACGAUGGUGAAAGACAGGACUCUGACGGCAAAGGAGAAGCUGUCCGUGUGGAGGAUGAGGCCAGCCCAUCUGUUGCCACCCACUCCCUGGCUUCUGACGGCGGCCUAUUUGUCAUAGAUACCCACCCUGGCCUCCAGUCAGGUGGACAGUACUACGUGGAUGAGCAGGGGAAAUCGUCCAGAGAUGGAGAGAUGGCAGCAGUUGAAGAGGGAGAUGAGGAAGAAUUUGUCGAUGAGGAAGGUAGUGACGAUGAUGAAGACUCCAAAGUCCUCUUCACGUGCAGGAAUCCCCAAUUGAAAGAGCUGUCCAGCUGUAUUGACCCAGGCCUUAGAGUAAAGGAGCUUGGGGGAUUAUACAUCAAUUUCGAUGGCAGCAAAUCAAAGACUGUCUCUAACUCACUGAGAAAACUGAAGGAACAGAAGAACCAAGAUGAGUUGAUGAAAAAGAGCGUCAUUGGCCCGGAGUUUGAAAAGACAGAUGCUGUGCCUCCAUACAAGGAGUCCAAACAUGCUGCUAAACUAAAACGUAAAGAGGAGAGGGAAAAGACAAGCGGAGCUGGCUGGUUUAACAUGAGGGCUCCGGAAAUGACAGAGGAAUUGAAGGGCGACCUCAAAGCACUGAAAAUGCGUGGCGCAAUGGACCCAAAGAGGUUUUACAAGAAGAAUGAUAGAGAUGGCUUCCCCAAGUACUUCCAGGUUGCUACAGUAGUAGAUAACCCUGUGGACUUCUAUCAUUCCCGUGUACCGAAAAAAGAAAGGAAAAGAACCAUUGUGGAGGAGUUGCUAGCUGAUGCAGAGUUCAGACACACCAACAAGAAGAAAUUCCAACAUAUCAUGGCUGAAAAAGCUGCCAUGGCUGCUGGCAGGAAGAAUAAGAAUAAUAAGAAGAAUAAGUUCAGAAAGUAAGAAUGACAUUGACUCAUCAUGGAGUGCGAUGAUUCGGCUGUAUUGAGAUCAUUACAAGUUUAUUUCUAAAUGAAAGCCUGAUAAUUAAACAUAUUACAUAUGGUGGAGUUGAGCAUUACGUUUUGUUUAAUACAAUGUCACAACACCAACAAUGUACAACCUCGUUUCUAAAAAAGUAAUGAUGUGCAAAUCAUUUAAACCCUAUAUUCAAUAGAAAAUAGUACAAAGACAACAUAUCAAAUGUUGAAACAGAGACAUUCUGAUUCUUGAAAAGUAUAUGCCCUUCAGGAACACUUCUGAAAACCACUGUCUGUGAACACAGUAUGUUGCUGCGUCUAAGAAGAAACCAGAUAUAAACAAGAUACAGAACUGCCACCACCUCUGGGCCCAAGCCCAUUUAAGAUUGGCUGAGGCAAAUUGGAAAACUGUACUGGGGUCUGACAAAUCAAAAUAGUUUUGGGAAUCGUGGACGUUGCGUUCUCCGUACUAAAGAGAGGGACCAUUCAGCUUAUCAAUGCACAGUUCAGAAGCCUGCAUCUGUGAUGGCAUUAGUGCACAUGGGAUGUGACUUUCGCAUCAGUGAAGGCACAAUUAAUGCUCAACAAUAUACACGUUUUGGAGCAAUACAUGCUGCCACCCAGACAAUGUAUUUUUCAGGGAAGGCCUUGCCUAAUUUCAGCAACACUAUGCCAAACUACAUUCUGCACAUAUCACAACAGCAUGGCACUGUAGUAAAAGUCUGGGUGCUAAACUGGCCUGCCUGCA